AUGCUAUUCCUAGCGGCCUUCGUCGCGCCCGCCCUCGAGGCGCUGCUCGGUCGCGGCCCGCCGGCAGUCGCCCGCGCCCCGCUGCACGGGCUCGCUCCUCCGAGAGCUGUCGCGCCGCCGCACCUCUUUGCGACAACGGCCGACAGCCUUACUUUCGAGGCUGCCUCCCUCUGCGCGAGCUCAGCGGGGCCGGGCACCUUUGAGAGCCCGGACGCGCUGGAGGAUGCGCUGCGUCGGCACGGGGUCGACACCUCGCGCUGGGACAGCGGCGCCUACAAGUCUUGCCGCCGGCUGUGGGAGGAAGUCGAGGCGGGCGAGUCGCUCCUCCGGUUCGCGGGAUCGACGGUGGUGCGGGUGGUCAACGUGGUCAAGGUGGUGAUCCGGCGGCCGCUCGACGACGGCAUGCGCCUCUACGAGGCGGCGCAGCGCUUGCCGAACGGCCGCGUCCGCACGCGCGGCCUGCCUCUGUCGGAGAAGCUGCACUACCAGGAGCCUCUCCUGUCGGCGGCACACCGCGGGGUGGCGGAGGAGCUGGGCGGGCUGGGGGUGGGGUCGGCGGGCGCGGUGCAGGUGGACCUCUCGUCGCUGCGCCAGUGGCGAGAGGCCCGGUCCUCGUACUCGUACCCGACCCUCCUCUCGCACUACAACCUGCACCAGCUCGACGCGACGGUGCAGGGGCUCCCCUCGGGGUCCUUCCAGACGUCGGAGCGCGAGGCGGCGGGCCGGCUGCUGCACCUGUGGGAGUGGCGGCGGCAGCGGCCAGAGACCGCCUUCAACGACCUCACCACCGUCCUCUGGGCCAUGUAA